AUGUUUUUUAACUUUGCUCGUUUCUUUCCUCAGCAACAAUAACUGGAUUCCUUGUUAGCUGACCCUGAUUGCGAAUUAGAAACUAUUUUAUCCGCUGAUAAUAUUUUAUAAGAAAUCAAAGGAGUUGGAGCCAAUAAAUUUGCUGAUCACAUAACCAAGCACCCAGAAAUGUAUUAGAGAAUGAUUCAAUACGUAAUUUCAGUCGAUGAUGAAUUGAUCGAUAAAAAGACAUAAAUCUAGUAUGACAUAGCAUUCUUAUCAAAAGAUACCCAUUCUUAUGCAGUGAAAUUUUAGGCAGUUAAAAUUAGAAAGGAAGGAAUAGAAGCAGAUGCAGAAAUGAUUAGAGUCAACUUGUACGAUCAAUUGAUUAGCUUUCUUGAAGCAGAUGUAUUCAAUAUGACAUCGGCAGGCUAUUUUUCUAAGGCAUUCCUUGCGAUUCUUAAGAAACGAGGAUUUGAUGUUUGGACCCAAAUUAUUAAUAAUAAACAAAUUUUAUCUAAUUUAAUAAAACACAUAGAUUGUAAACACAUUGCAGAAAUCAUCGAAAAAUUAAUAAUUCUCGAUACAACCCAAGAAUUCACAGAUGAGACAUUUCUAAAUGAAAGAAAGAUCCUAUUACAAAGAAUUAUAAUAUUAAUGCAGAAUAAAUACUAUUGUUCAGAGAUCGUUGAAAACGUUUGCGAUAUUUUAAUUGAAAUCACCACUAAAAAUAUGAGUUGCUUAUAUUAUAACAAUCCUGAUAUUGUUCCAUUUAUAGAUUAAAUUACAAGACCAGAAUUAUUAUUUGAUAUUGCAAUGAAAACUUAAAAACCAUAGCCAAUUUAAGUUAUCAUCAAUUUAGUGGAAAUGUCUUCAAAAGAGUCCAAAAAAGAAGAAGAUGAUGAAGUCAUUCAUAAUAAUGAGAAGGACUUCUCAAUAUUUUAAAAUAUUGUCCCUGAACUACCUUAAAAUUUAUUAAGUAAAAGAUAUUGUGCUGCUAACUUCAAAAAUUCUAAUUAAGAAUAAGUGUAACCAUUUGGACUACAUAAGAUUAUGCUAUUAAAAUUAAUUUAAACUUUCGUUCAAACCAAUGAUAUCACUGUCAUUGAAGCUCUUCUAAAUGCUGGUUUGAUUUAAGUGUUAGAAACUAUUUGUAUUUAAUAUCCAUCUAACAAUCAAAUUCACAUUAUCACAGAAAAGAUCAUAAAAUGCAUUCUGGAUUUAAAUGAUGAAAAAUUAACAGAAAAUGUCUUUGAGUUUGGAUCACUUAUCGAAUUUAUUAUUGGAUAUCAUACAGAGUAGAAUGAUAAAAAGGGAUAUUUAGCUCUUUUGACCUCGCUAUCUAAUUAUCUCCUUGAGAAAUCUUACAACAAGACAAUUCUAUAAUAUUAUCAAGACAAUUAACAAUGGAUGGAAUUUGUUAAAAAUAGACUGACCAACAUUAAUCAAAAAGAAAAACCUUUUUUAUGUAAUGUGAAUCCAAAGGCUAAAUCAGAAGUGGCUGAUGAUCAGGAAUCUGACAUUAUGCAGAUUUUAUAAAAAGUCAAUGACUCAUAAUAUGGUUAGUAAAAUUAAAGUGGAUAACAAUAUUAAGAGAAGGAAUCAUAAAAAGUUGAAUAAGAAUUAGAGAAUAAUAAUUAAUAAGAUGAUGGAGGUCUAGAUGAUGAUGAGAAUAUCUUGAUGGAUAUGAAUGAUGAUUAGGGUUGGAAUGAAGAUAUACUUCAAACUAAAAAAUAAAAUCAAGAUGAUCAAGAAUUGUAAUCAACCUCAAAUAAUGAUAAAGAAUCCACUAAUAAAGAUGAUAAUAUUUCUUCUUUAUUUAAUCACAGUCUAUUUUGGAAGAUUGAAUAUGACAAUAGAGAAGCAGAAGAGAUCCUUGAUAAUUAUGCGUGA